AUAGCGCCGCUCGGACCGGUCGACUUCACGGUGACGGAUAUUUUACUUUUUGUUCAUGUUUACUGGGAUUUAGUUUCUGCUCUCCGCUUUUCUUUGUUGUGCGAAAGUUUCUGACUGAAACACCAGCUCGGCUGCUGCUGUUCUUGUGAAAUGAAGCGGUGAAAAUGUUCCUUUGAACAAGAGCCCAAACCACUUUAGCAGUCAGCUGUUUGGUUUUAACUAAUUUACCAGGAUGAACUGUUUCAAUCAAAAGCUAAGACGGCUAUCUCCCAUGCGUGACAGCAGUACCAAUGAUCUGGUUCCCUCUAAACCUCCCAGGGUCAAUGGGUGGCUGUGGCCACCUCAGAUUUUCCAAGUGGUUGCCUGGUUGGUGUACCUCUUCCUCACUGUAGUCGGCUUUGGCAUAUAUAUUCCUCUUCUACCUCUGCCAUGGACCCAAGUGGCAUAUGCUCUGAUUGGCAUAUUGUGUGUCGUGCACUUCAUUGCGCAUAUUGCUGCAGUGACUGUAGAUCCGGCAGAUGCCAAUGUGAGAGCCAAACUCAACUAUUCCAGUCCAGUUCCAUUGUUUGACCGGACAAAGCGAGCCCAUGUCAUCCAGGAACUACACUGUUACCUGUGUGACGUCAAGGUAGGCAACAAAACAAAACAUUGUCGUGUUUGCAACAAGUGUGUGGAAGACUUUGAUCACCAUUGUGUAUGGCUGAACAACUGUAUAGGAGGGAGGAACUACUGGUUGUUCUUUGUGGCACUAACCUCUGCUACACUAGGUGCCCUGCUACUUAUUGCUGUCAUCUUGUUCAUAUUUAUUCAGCACUACCUGGAUCCAAACAGCUUACGGACCGAUCCCCAGUUUGAUAGUGUUAUGGGGAAUUGCACCUGGCUAGUGUUCUUACCAUUAGCGUCCGUUAAGACGACUUCAGCUGGCCUCCUUACAUUGGCCUUCAUUACGGUCAUGUUGGGUGUGAUUUGCCUGAUCCUGGUUGGUCACCUACUGGGCUUUCAGUUUUACCUCUUGUAUAAAGGCAUAAGCACCUAUGAAUAUGUAACGAUGAAGCGCCAAAAAGAAACUCAAAGACAAGCGUGUGAGGGAGAAAUCCCCCAUGAUGCCAAAAGACAUAAGACAGUGGCACAGAACGAAGAGAAUGCCGAUGUCUGUGAGACAUCGUUAUCACAGAAUUCAAGUAUUUGCAAAAAUGAAGGCCCACACACCAGCCGAACUUCCAUCUGCAAUGAGCUGGAAACCUGUAAGAAGUUGGCAGAAAAGGAAAGUGGUUUCUAUCACGGCUCAAAAAAGCCCACAGAGAAUAUGAUGGAAAUGUCAGUGAACAGCAUGAAAAGCUUGAAACCUGAAACUGUUGGAGAGAUUCAGAGUGCUGCUGUGACAUGUGUUGAACAAAGUCCUGGGGUGCAGGACCCAAUGGGCAGCUCCAUUAUGACUCCAUACAAGACUCUGCAGUAACGUGUGUGUCUGUCAAACUAUUUAUCAAACAUGGUCGUAUUACGUGAAUCUCCUUCAAAAGGACUGAAAAUGAAUUGAACUUUGCAUCAAAGUUAGAAUCAAAUCAGCCUAGUGGAAACUUUGAAUAAAGGUGGAAUAACUGUCGAAUAAUAAUUUAGUUCAUUUUUACAUAGUUUUAUGACCGUUUUAUGUAUGUAUGAGAGCAGCACUUCAUUGUAACUUGCACAGAGGAUUUGUUUUACUGAUCUUCCUGAAAACUGGAUUUGAGUGUUUGGUGAGAUAUGCAGUUGUGCACUAUGUAUUGAAAUCUGUGAAAAUGAAUCAUGUUCCCUGAAGAGCCAACAGACUGCAGGUUUGCCUUCCAAGUGUGUCACACACUGUAGUUAAUUUCACUAAAUGCUUCUCCUCUACAUGGAGUAAGAUCAUAAAUCACUUUUGUUUUUGGGUGGAAUGAAAACCUGCAGACCUUUGGCCUUCCAUUGCACAUCACUGUGUCUUUGGCAUAAUGCAUGAUCUACAUGUGAGCCAAACAAACGCUACCUUUUCAAAAAUGGGUUGUGUAACCAGUUUAUCUUCAUCAGUUU